AUGAAGUCCAUCCACCACCCCCUCCCCCUUCUCCUCCAAACUCUCACCAUCCUCUUUCUUUUGCCAUCAUCAUCCCUCGCAUCAUCCAAAACCCUCCUACUCCCCUCCACAUCCUUCAACCCCUCCAGCACCUUCAACACCUACUGGUCCCUCAACUACCCGUGGGGCACCGACCACAACGGUGCCGCCCGCAUGUCCCCUUCCCAAGUUUCGACAUCAUCCUCUUCUGACGGCGGCACCUCAAGCACCUUGACCCUAACCGCCCGCCGCGUCACCGGCCAAAAACCAGCCACCCACGGCGGCAAACAGAUCCCCAUCAAGUAUUUAUCGGGCGCCAUCCACGCCAAGCAGCACUUCACCAUCACCUCUCCUUCUUCUCCUUCUUCUUCCUCUUCGGUCUCCGGGUACGACUUCUCCGCCGAAUUCCGCGCCCCCGUUGCCAAGGGAACAUGGCCUGCGUUUUGGCUGACGGCUGUGAAUGGGUGGCCGCCGGAGAUCGAUAUGGCGGAGUGGAAGGGCAGUGGGAAGAUUAGCUUCAAUACGUUUAACACUAGUAGUCAGGUCAUGGCCAGGGAUGUAGCCUAUAGGAGUGAGAAUGGGAAUGAUUGGCACAAGGUGUUGUGUGAGGUCAGGAGGGAUGGAAGAAACGGGGGGAAGGAUGUGGAGGUGAGGUUUUGGAUGGAUGGGAAGCUGGUAGUUACGCAGUGGGGGAGGGGGAUCAUCAACCUCCAGAUGGAAGGCUCGUCGGGUUCGCCUGGUCCUGAAGUGGACACCUUGUAUCAAGUCCGGAAUCUCGAGGUCUGGGGCUAUGGUGACUGA